AAACACACUCCCCUGCAGAUCCGCUCUGGCAUGGAUCUCUGAACAUUUUUCCGAUUUUUUUUUUUUUUUUUACUUUUUCAUUGUCCCCCUCCUCCUUUUAGUUUUCAGUGUUCAUUUUCGGAGGGGGUUGUUUUGGUUUCCGCAUUGGUAACAGUUUGCACGACAACGGGAAGCCAGCCAUGUGGAUUCAGGUUCGGACCAUAGACGGCAAGGAGACCCGAACCAUAGACGAUCUUUCCAGGCUAACCAAAAUCGAGAGCUUACGACUGAAAAUCCAGGAGAAUUUCAAUGUCAGGCCAGAACAGCAGCGCUUGUUUUAUAGGGGGAAGCAGAUGGAAGAUGGCCAGACCCUCUUUGACUACAAUGUUGGGUUGAAUGACAUUGUUCAGCUGUUAAUCCGCUCACAGACUGAUGGCCCAGGUUCGCAAGGUAAAAAGAAAGACAAGGAAAGUGGGAGUGCUUCUUCAAUUUCUGGAAUGAUGAUUAACAACACCAAGAAAUCAAACCGUCAAUUGGAAAAUCAGCCCUCCACGUCAGCCCGCACAUUUCUCAUUGAUCCUGGCAUUGGUGUAUUUAAGAUAAAUGAACUUGUAGACUGUCGAGAUGUGAGCAUUGGAGCCUGGUUUGAAGCAACCAUUGAAAAUGUGGUAAGAGCCAAUAAAGGACAAAAUAACAAGUCUUCUGCCAAAGGAGGUAAAAUGGGCAAAAGGACUAAUGGAAAGCUGGAAGUUGACCCAAAUUAUUCCUCUCAGGACAGUAAUGGCGAUUCCUGUUUUUCCUUGGACAGUGGACCUUCCACAUCUUACACAGACUUCUUGGACAAUGAGGAGGAUAUUAUUUAUCAUAUCAGAUAUGAUGACUAUCCUGAAAGUGGUAUUGUUGAAAUGUGUACUGAAGAUGUCCGGCCUCGUGCAAGAACCAUAUUGAAAUGGGACCGCUUGCGGGUUGGUCUCACUGUUAUGGUGAACUACAACAUUGAGGUACCAGAAGAGCGAGGCUUUUGGUUUGAUGCAGAGAUCACUUCUUUGAAGGAAAUCUCACGGACAAACAAGGAAGUGAGAGUGAAGCUCUUUUUAGGUGGCCCAGAAGACGUUAUCAAUGAUUGCAAGAUAAUCUUUUAUGAAGAGAUAUACAAAGUAGAGAAACCAGGAGCAGCUCCGUUGACUGCUGCAGAUGGGCAUUUUAAAAGAAAAAGUGGUCCAGAGUGUAAGCACUGCAAGGCAGAUCCUGAUGCCGAGUGUCGUUUCUGUUCAUGCUGUGUAUGUGGGGGAAAGCAGGAUGCUCACAUGCAGCUCUUGUGUGAUGAAUGCAACAUGGCUUUUCACAUUUACUGUCUGAAUCCACCGCUUUCUAGGAUUCCCGAGGAUGAGGAUUGGUAUUGCCCUACUUGUAAAAAUGAUACAAAUGAGGUUGUGAAAGCUGGGGAAAAGCUAAAACAGAGUAAAAAGAAAGCCAAGAUGCCAUCUGCACACACUGAAAGCCAGAGGGACUGGGGCAAGGGAAUGGCUUGUGUAGGACGUACAAAGGAAUGUACGAUUGUUCCAUCUAAUCAUUAUGGGCCUAUACCUGGUGUUCCAGUUGGAACAACUUGGAAGUUCAGAGUACAGGUGAGCGAAGCAGGUGUUCACAGGCCACAUGUAGGAGGAAUUCAUGGACGUAGCAAUGAUGGAUCAUACUCCUUGGUUUUGGCUGGAGGAUUUGAAGAUGAAGUGGACAGAGGAGAUGAAUUCACUUACACUGGAAGUGGGGGACGUGACCUCUCAGGAAAUAAACGGAUUGGGGAGCAUUCUUUUGAUCAAACUCUUACCCACAUGAAUAGAGCUUUAGCACUGAACUGUGAUGCACCUCUGAAUGAUAAAAAUGGAGCAGAGUCCAAGAACUGGAGAGCUGGAAAACCAGUGCGUGUUGUGCGGAGCUCGAAAGGUCGUCGUAUCAGCAAGUAUGCCCCUGAAGAGGGCAACCGCUACGAUGGAAUCUACAAGGUGGUAAAAUACUGGCCUGAAAUUGGGAAAUGUGGCUUUUUAGUCUGGCGCUAUCUGCUGAGACGAGAUGACUCUGAGCCUGCACCCUGGACAUCUGAAGGUAUAGACAGAACAAAGAAACUUGGUCUCACCGUGCAGUAUCCAGAAGGGUACCUGGAGGCAAUGGCUAAUAAAGUAAAAAAGGAUAAAAUUAAAAAAAGUCCUGUGAAACAGGAGAAGCAGGAAAGGGUAGAAAAAAAGGAGCCAGUGGAAAAACCAGAGCGUGAAACUCGAAGCAAUGGUAACCGGAAAAGGUCUCCAGAGAAAGUUAUUCAGAAAGAUGAAACUCCGGCAAAGACUAAGAGGUUGUCUGACAAAGGGGAAGCAUUUCAGUUAUCGGCACAGCAGGAGUGGCUGAUCAGAGAAGACUGUUUGAAUAAAAAGCUGUGGGAUGAGGCCCUAGCCUGCCUCAUGGAAGGACCGAACUUUCUUCGCAAAGUGGAACAGAUCUUUAUGUGUGUAUGCUGUCAAGAGCUGGUGUUUCAGCCCGUCACUACAGAGUGUCUUCAUAAUGUUUGUAAGACAUGUUUGCAAAGAUCAUUCCGUGCGGAAGUAUACACUUGUCCUGCUUGUCGCCAUGAUUUAGGCAAAGACUACAUCAUGGUCCUCAACAAGAUCCUUCAGUCACUGCUGGACCAGUUCUUUCCUGGAUAUAGUAAAGGACGAUGAGAAGCACUCACAGCAACUACGGUUUAAGUACCCUUUAGAGACUGCCAGCCCUGUUCAGAAAUCUCCCAAUAUCUGUGCUGUGACCAGGUCACGCAGUGGCUUCACCAGAACACCAUUAAUCAGGAAAUCUGAGCAGUUAGUGUUUCCCACACCCAUAUCUUCAGCACCAUAGAAAAGAUUGAAUUCUCUCCAGCAUUCCACCAGUUUGUCAUCCAAGGUAGUUGCUGCUAGGUGAUAUGUAGAAGGACUAUUGAAAAGUGAUUUAGUUUUUGUUUGAUUGGAGUCCAUAACUACCUCAGGAGAUAAGAGAAGGUAUUGGUGGGGGAAUUCCUUUUUUUUUUUCUUUUUUUUCUUUUUUUGGGCAGAAUCAUUAUCAUUGUCUUUGUGUUUUGUUCCACUGAAGCUAUGCUUCAUUGCUGUUGUUUACACACUUGUUUAAUAAAUACAUGGAUCUACAAUAAAAAAAACACUGAAUUCAAAAAACAAAAAAAUAUAAAAAAAAAAAAAACUGUGACGUGCAGAAAUCUUUUGGACCCUUAUACUCAUAAAUCCACUCCGGUAGUACUUUAUCAGCAAAGAAGGGUAAGAUGGUAGUCUGUCUAUUAUUGUGAGCUUCCUGUUCCUUGCAGUUGAUGACCAAUACUUUUUUUAAGGACAAUGAAAGUUUGCUUUCUUGUAUUAGUGUUCUGUGUAUGUUUUAAUUGCACUUAUUAGAAAAAAUGUUUGAGUCUUUUACUACUAAAUAAGCCACCGUUAUAUUUUAGUUGCUUGUUAUUUUAAUCAUUAUUUUCUUUAUGUGGCAAUCUUACCUGUACUUUGUUUAAAGCAAUGGCAACAUUAGCUUGGAGAGGGUUAAAAUGCUUAUUGUGAUCUGAAAUUUUAUACUUGGUAUAAUACUUGAUAUGUACUUAUUAAAUAUUUUGAUUUCAACAUUA